AUGUCAUUAGGCUACUCCUCAGCUUCUAGUCUUCAUCAGGCCUUUCAUAUUCUCACUCAAAAUCCUCAACAACAACAACAACAACAACGAGAAAUCAAUUUUGAAAGUUUUCUUUCCAACGAAGAGUGCAAACAAGUCUUCAAAGAAUACCUCUCCCGAAGUAAAUGUGAAGAAAUUAUAUUAUUUUGGGAUGAAUUGAAUGCUUACAAAUCAUAUUAUCAACAAGUUUUGUUAUUUUACAAGAAGGGAUCUCUGAGAAAGAAAAACAAACUCGUGUUGAGCUUGUUUGAACGAGCCAAUUAUAUUGUCAACGCUUUCAUCAAUUCCAAUAGUGUGCUCGAACUAAAUUUGGACUCUAAAAUCAAAGUUCGAGUGUGUGAAGCGUUGGAAAGUGUCAAUAAGAAACUUUCUGUUGAAGGCGAUGUUUUUUCAAUGCUCCAUGAAGAUCCUAUGGAGGUAUUGACUUGUACAAUGGAUUCGUUACAUCCCAAUCACUUGUUUGGAGAAGUGGAAACAAGUGUUUGUAUAGACCUUAAAAUUCAAAUUCCAGCAUUCAUAAGAAGUUCUAUUGGAUCUUCCUUUAUUCUCACCAAAGGUGCCGAAUUCUUUAAUCGAAUGGAAUAUACCUAUCCCACCUGUCAACUCAUGUGUCUGUUCAAUAAUUCCUUUUCAUGUCAAGUCGAUGAAAUUUCUCAUGCCAUUGCUUUAGGAAGAGAAAACGCUUACACACAAUGGCAAUGCAUCAAAAAAUGUCAUGAAUCCUUUCCGUACGAAUUGCACAUAUCUCAAGCAUCGUUUGGUGUUAGAAUUGCCAAAUUAGAAAUGUUAAUUCCCAUUGAGAAGGAUGAAUUGGUUCAAGUGUUUGCUUCCAUGGAAUUUCGUCAAUUGAUGGACGACGUGAUGGAUGUGCAACAUUGUUACUGUAACAACAAUAAUCAAAUGUCGACUCCUCGAAGUGAGGGUUCUACACCAAGAAAUAAGGAAUUCAACGUGAGUGAUUCAUUGACCACCUCCGGAGAUUGCACUCUUGGUUCCAUCACUCCUCAAGUGUCAUUUGUCAGUUCUUUGUCUCCGUCCAGUGAUGACCCUUCCAUGCUCGAUUCAAGUGUUUACAACUCUUCGACCACCUCCAGUCUCUCCAACUCUGGCUCUUCCUCCCCUCGUAUUCAACUCUGUACCUCCUCUCGUCUAUUAACUUUGAAUCCAACUUCUUUAUUUUCCAAAAAAGAAAGAACUCUCGAAUACAUUCAAACCACUGUUUACGAUCCCGAUAUUGAAACAAUCAUUCACAUUUCGAAAACACUGGAUCGAGGAGUUUCUAAAAACACUUCUUCACUUUCCAGCAAAGAUUUAACUUCCAUUUUAAGUAAGGCGAGAAAGAACCGAUCUCAAGAACAUCCACUUCCGAAACAACACUUUUCACAUUUCCUUUUUCAGAAUAAUCCAGUCUUGAAAAAUAGUUCUGUACUUGUGAAUAUUUUCAGCUGUGAAUCGAGUUUUCGUUGCAAACAACAGAUCAAGGCAAGAGCCAUUCGGAUAUUGAAUGCCCUUAAUAUAAUUUUUGAGAGGAGAAGAUGUCAACAAGGUGUGUCAAACGCCAACCAUACUUUGGCCAAAACUGGAAAAAAUCGAACAAGCUUGGUUUCAUUGAAUGGUCUUGAUUCGAAUCUGGAUGAUCCUCUAGGUAUCAUUAAAUCACUACAGGAAAACAAUGAGAAGUUUCCUCACAAGCGAUGGGCAUCUCGAUUUUCGAAAACUUGUCAAUAA